UCGGGCACUUCCGCUUCCCGUUGGCUUUCUUCUCUUCGGUGUUCCCGGCGAGUCCAGAGCCGGGUCCCCGCGGAAGCGGCGCCAUGGCGGAACUAACGGCUCUGGAGAGUCUCAUCGAGAUGGGCUUCCCCAGGGGACGCGCGGAGAAGGCUUUGGCUCUCACAGGGAACCAGGGUAUCGAGGCUGCGAUGGACUGGUUGAUGGAGCACGAAGACGACCCCGAUGUGGACGAGCCUCUAGAGACUCCCCUUGGACAUAUCCUGGGACGGGAACCCACCUCCUUGGAGCAAGGUGGCCCUGAAGGACCUGGGGCUGCUGCUGGAGAAAGCAAACCCAUUUUGAGUGAAGAGGAAAGACAGGAACAGACUAAGAGGAUGUUGGAACUAGUGGCUCAGAAGCAGCGGGAGCGGGAAGAAAGAGAGGAGCGGGAGGCAUUGGAACGGGAACGGCAGCGAAGGAGACAAGGGCAAGAGUUGUCGGCUGCACGACAGCGGCUACAGGAAGAUGAGAUGCGCCGGGCUGCUGAGGAGCGGAGGAGGGAAAAGGCUGAAGAGUUAGCAGCCAGACAAAGGGUCCGAGAAAAGAUAGAAAGAGACAAAGCAGAGAGAGCCAAGAAGUAUGGUGGUAGCGUAGGUUCUCGGCCAUCCGUGCCAGCAGCAGAGCCAGGUCCUGUUCCCUCCUCUCCCAGCCAGGAGCCUCCCACCAAGAGGGAGUAUGACCAGUGUCGCAUACAGGUCAGGCUGCCAGAUGGGACCUCACUGACCCAGACAUUCAGGGCCCGGGAACAGCUGGCAGCCGUGAGGCUCUAUGUGGAGCUCCACCGUGGGGAGGAACCUGGAGGGGGCCAGGACCCUGUGCAAUUGCUCAGCGGCUUCCCUAGACGAGCCUUCUCAGAGGCUGACAUGGAGCGGCCUCUGCAGGAGCUGGGUAUGGCAUUUGGGACCAGAAACCAGGACUUGGGGGGGAAUGCCUGGGGAAAGAAGGGAUGCAAAGAGAAGGGACGUUGUGGAGAUGGUAUGAGGUCGGGAAUUUUGGGAGCGAAAAACAAGUAUCUUUGUGUUCUCUUCUAUCUUCAGGACUUGUGCCUUCUGCUGUCCUUAUUGUGGCCAAGAAAUGUCCCAGCUGAGGGGCCUUUAUCCCACUGUCCUUCUCUGACCUCUUCAUCUUUGAUAAAGCACUGACGUCUCUAAUAAAUAGAGCCUCUGAGUUCUGUA